AACGGGAGUUUGUGCUCUGCUGAGUUUUGGCUAUGAGAGUGAGACAGUCAGUCUAGACGCUCUUGACAGCCUCGUCUGGAGGAGAGACACUUCCCUCUGCGGCUCGGUCCCCAUCACGACGACACAUUUACAAACUUUCUCCUAAAAAGAAACUCCAGAACUCCUGAGGAAGGAUGACACCCAUGGCACAUUGGAUAGGACAGUGCCUAUGGGCAUCUGUGUCACUCACAUGCCAAGCUUGAAAAGUGGAAAGAAAGACAGUUUUAGCAGACACGUUGAACACUUCCAAGCUUUAGAGUGAAACUUUGCACAGUUGGCCAUGGCUGCAUAUCCAUGGCUUGGAGGAUAGGGUCCCUUGUUUAGCAAGCAUUUUCACCACAGUGAGUUUUGUAACUGGUCAUUUAGCAAAUCCACCACUUCCUCUGGCCAGGAGGACUUUAAAGAACAACUGCCAUACAUGAGCUGAACCAGAGGAUCCAAAAUGGAGGUCACACAGCAACACUCUUUCUACUGGACUGGUUAAAGCAGCAGAUAAAAGCAUUACUGCAAGGGCAGUAUGCAGGCAGCUGACUACCCAGCCACAUAUAAUAACACAGAGUGCAAGUUCCACUGCACCAAUGGCAGAUGUCUGAAACUUCUCUCGCUGAUUUGUAAUCAUCUGAAUGAAUGUGGAGACAACAGUGAUGAGGAACAUUGUCCUGCUGCUGUACCUCCACCCCCAGACACCAUCCAGUCUGAACUGGAGUUUGUUCAGAUAAUAAUCAUAAUUGUGGUGAUGACUGUAAUGGUAGUUGUGAUCAUCUGUUUGCUGAACCACUAUCGGCUGUCGGCCUGGGCCUUCCUCACACGCCACAGCCAGGCCAGAAGACGAGAGGAGGGCAUGCAGCCGGACGGCUGUGCAUGGCCAACAGACAGUUUGGUGACGCAACAAGGAGCCACUGAGGUGAUGUAUGGGCCACGGAGCGGAGAGCGCUUCAACCCACCUUCAUUUAUGCAAAGGGACCGAUUCAGCCGCUUCCAGCCCACCUACCCAUACCUGCAGCAGGACAUCCACUUGCCGCCCACCAUCUGCCUGUCAGAUGGCGAGGAGCUGCCACCCUACAAGGGCCCCUGUACCCUGCAGCUCAGAGACCCCGAGCAGCAGCUCGAGCUCAGCCGUGCAUCCGUUCGCGCGCCCCCCAACCGGACCAUUUUCGACAGCGACCUGAUAGACGUUUAUGUGCACGGAGGCGGGCCACGGCCCCCAAGCAGCAACUCUGGCAAAAGUGCCUCGAACUCGCACGUGGAGGGGCCGCCGCCCACCUAUAGCGAGGUGAUGGGUCAGACGUGCCCAGGCUCCGCCUCCUUUCUGCACCAGCACAGCAAUAAUGCACCACCCUCCAACCAGAGGACAGCCAGUCGCUCCCCCCAGCCUGGCGCAAGCACAACCCUGUUUGUCAAGGUUAAGGAUAGCCGGCGAGACAAACCCGUGUGACUAGGAGGCAUGGAGAGUGCCGUAGAGAGUGCGUGCCAUCAUCUGUGCUCUCUGGUACUUCCUCCUGGACCUAAAGGGGAGUGGCUUCACUGUUAGACCACUCCCCUUGCACAAUUUGAAUUGAAUAUUGCGGAACCAAGCUUACAAAGUUUAUUUUUUUGUAUUUUUUUUGUUUAGUUUUUGCUAGAACUUCGGGGCCUUGUAUGGAUGUUUGGGCUCCUUGGCUAAAUCUCUUUUUUUUGUUCGGUUUUGUAUGCUUUCAUGUAUUUAAAGAACACGCGUGUUGGCACAGAUUGUUUGCGUGAGAGACCACAUAGGUCAUAGGAUUGAGAAAUGUUAUAUUCGUUUGUGUGCAUUUCCAGGACUUGUGCACAAAAACUGUUCAUAAUCAAUCAAAAUCCAAAUUGAGUGCCAUGAUAAAAUCUUAAAUCUUGGGGAUGUGACUUACAACAACAACAACAACUAAAGUCUUUGUGUUGCACUUAUUCUCUAAAGAGUAGAAACAGCAACCCUUAGUUAGUUUUUAUAUGUCAAUCUGUCACAGGCCUUUGAUUGUUCCUGGGAAUUAUUUCCUUCCUUUUUAUGUUUUUCGUUUUCCUGAAAUGGAGAUGUAGAACUCUGAUCCAGCCUAAAAUCUCUACAAAUGAACUGCAUCAUGGCACUUAUUUAAAGAAAAAGGGUUGUUCAAAUUCCAGUUCACUUUUUCCACUGACCAAGUGAGAGAUAUUGGCAUGGAUAUCUGCAGAUGGAAGUCACGACACAUACGCCACUUUCAUUCUGUCGAGUAGCACUUUAAACUUACGUCACUUCAGCAUUGUCAUGGGGUCCAAUGGAAGGGAAUCAUGGGAACUGUAGUCUUAUGCACAUCCUGUCCCUUUCUGAAUGAGUGUGUCAUACUGUUUGUUUUCCACUAUAAAAAGCAUGCGUAUAGUUUUUUUUUUUCAGUUAUCCAUACUAUACUUUAGUUCACAAUCAUAUAUGGAUCUCAUAUUUUAUCCCUUAUUUUCAUCUCCUGGAAUGCCGUUUUAUUCCAAGGCAGCACGGGAACACACUUUGUCUGUUUAUUCAACACCAGUAUUUAUUCUUUUAUCUGUUCUGAGAUUUUCAUCCAAACAAAAAGUGUACCAAUCAUGACGAGGUACAUCCCGCUUCUUUCUUUCUUUAUUUGAAGUUGUAUUCAAUCAUCACCACAUGGCACACAUUUGGAAUGCUUUCAGACAUGUUGAUUGUGUUUUUGAUCACAUCUGAGCUUUGUAAACCAUCAGUCUUUGGCCUUCCCUUAAAAAAGUACCAUAGAUAACCUAUUUAUUAACUAGCUAUUUAUUAAAGUGACCAGUUUGAAAUGAUAUUUAGUCAAAGUCAAAAAUAGGCUUUUAUACAACCUUCUUACCCCUUAAAUAGCAAGAUUCUACUAUCACCCAUCCGCUUUGGCUCCGAAACGGCCUCCUGUCAUAGGCUCUGCUUCUGUCACUCAUUCUGACCACGCAGUUUGAGUUCGUACUGUAUUGCUGCUGCUGCUAUGCGCUGCUACUGCUACUGCUGCUGUUGUUCGUUCGGUAUGUAGGCCUAUGUCCGCUUCCCCAUUACUUUAUAUUUGCUUACCAACCAAGACAUAGAUGUUUGUGCUCCUUUUUUGUUUUCUUCGUUAACAUUAGUGCAUUUCCGCUGUCAUAGUCGUGCUAGGAAAACAAAUCCAAAUGUAUUUUUUACAUUUGCAGCCGAGAGGUUUGCAUGUUACUAUGUACAUGAGCAAAUUCGGUGCCUAACAGUCAUGUUUAAGCAGACAUAGAAACCCACUUGCACUCAAAAGUCCCCACCUUUGUUGUGCCUCACUUCCUAUGGUGCUUCUUUCAGUAGUCGGACUCUGUUUAUUUGUACGGUGCUGUAUAUAACUUGAAUAUAUUAUGCACAUAUCCUACCCAAUGGGUAGAAAACCACAAGAAAGCAUUGUUAAUACUGUAAUAUAAUGUAUAGAUAAUAUUAAAAAGAAAACUUUAACACGGUGGCAUCAAGUUUUGUGAAUGCCUUCAAUUGUGCUUUGUCUUUUUUGUAAAACAGAGUAAUGUUUGCAAAGAGAAAUGCUACAGUGUGGUCACAUAAAUA